AUGUUCGCUCUUCUCUCUUACGCUACAAACCUUUCAAUCAUUUACACCGUCCUCACUUUAUCUCUCUACAUGCUUUCUCCUAUUCUUCCCAUCGCCGGUUUUUUCGCUCGCCUCCUCGCUGGUUAUAUUUCACUCGUCUUCUGUGCUUGUUAUGGCGUCUUCGUAUGCAUUAUCCUACGGCUCGUAGGGAAUUACCGCAUAUCACAAUGGGCCGCCGCUCGCGCUUACAAAUGGGCAAUGUGGUUUACAACCGGUGUAACAUUUGUCGUCGAAGAUCCCAACAAUUAUCUCGGUACGACACGCCCCGCAGUCUUUAUAGGUAACCAUCAAACCGAACUUGAUGUGCUCAUGUUAGGAUGUAUAUUCCCUCGAUAUUGUUCUGUCACCGCAAAAAAGAGUUUGAAGAAUGUGCCAUUUCUAGGAUGGUUUAUGAGUUUGAGUGGCACGGUAUUUAUUGACCGGGGCAAUGCGAAAGAUGCACGACAGGCGAUGGCGGGGGCAGCGACGGAAAUUAAAGAGGAGAAACAGAGCGUUUAUAUUUUUCCCGAAGGAACGAGAAGUUAUGCAAAGGAUCCGACAUUAUUACCUUUCAAGAAGGGAGCUUUUCAUUUAGCAGUUCAAGCUGGGGUUCCGAUUGUACCUGUUGUAGUCGCUUGUUAUAGUGAUGUUUUGCAUGUGCAAAGUUGGAGAUUUACAUCGGGGAGGAUACCAGUUCGAGUACUAAAACCUAUCGAGACCAAACACCUUACCUCGGCAGAUGUCGAAGAUUUAGCAAGAGAUACGAGAGAUUUGAUGUUAAGGGAAUUGGUAGCUUUAACUUCGAAAAAAGAAGGAAAACCAAUCGCUAUGCCAGCACAAAAUGCAGAUGGAGUUGUGAAAGCUAGUGGUACCGAAGCUCACGUAGAACAUCACAUACUAUAG